AUGCUCUCAUCGCUCAUUUUCGCUCUCCUCUCCACGGAGUCGUUUGGGGAAAACCUUCGUCAAAAUAUCACCCAAAAAGCCGGAAACUCUCCUACGGUAGAGAUACACAAUGGGACCCUCGAGGGCACCUACAAUGAGUUCUACCAACAGGACCUUUUCCUCGGAAUUCCAUAUGCCCAGCCACCUGUUAAUGAACUUCGCUUCCGUACGCCGCGGCCUUUGAGCAAAUGGGACGGAGUGAAGAAAGUUGACAGUUAUGGACCAUUUUGUCAAGGUCAUCAAGGUAUACUUCCAGGGUUUGACCAGAAAGGCGUUCGAUAUAAAGAAAGCGAGGACUGUUUGUCAAUCAAUGUUGUUCGACCUACCGGACACUACCAAUCCAGUGCCCUUCCCGUCUUGGUCUGGAUUUAUGGCGGUGGUUUUAUUGAAGGAGGGAGCGGGGAUAGGCGAUAUAACAUGUCAUAUCUUGCGAAAACAUCGGUCGAAAUGGACAUGCCCACGAUCAUGGUUAGCUUUAACUACCGUGUCUCCGGCUGGGGAUUUCUAGCAGGGUCGGAGAUGGCCAAGUAUGGCCUACUAAAUCUGGGCCUCAAGGAUCAGCGCAUGGCCCUUCGUUGGGUCCAGGAAAACAUUCAUUACUUCGGGGGUGAUCCCAUGCGCGUUACAAUUCAUGGCGAGUCAGCGGGUGCUGCUUCCGUUGGCUUUCAUCUUUUAGCACAUGGUGGCCGUGAUGACGGACUUUUUCGGGCUGCAAUUGCUCAGAGUGGAGGCCCUUUAUCCUACUCCUCGUUUGACUCUGUCUCUGCCGGAGAUGCGAGAUUCCAUUCUGUCUUGAAUGCAACCGGCUGCCAUGACGCUUCUGAUACAAUGCGAUGUCUGCAGACACUACCAGCCGCCAUCUUGCAAAAUUCAUUCGCUCAAUAUCCGUGGUAUCCUUCCUUGGAUGGUGACUUAAUAUCAGAUUACACCUCGGUAUCACUUAAGAAGGGUGAAUUCGUCAAGGUCCCGUUGUUAAUCGGGUCAAACACGAACGAAGGAACUCCAUUUAUGCAACUACUUCCAAAUAUAGCAGAAAAUUUUGAUGGGGCAGUUCUUUCUCUAAGCACAGGGAAGUUGGGGUCGACUGUUUUAGAAGAUCUUAACAGGUUAUACACAAUAGCAGCGGAUGAUUCCGCCGACUAUGGAUUGGGAACGGUUGUAGCCAACCCUGGCUCUCCAUAUGGCCCUGACUAUGGAAAGGUUACACUAUUUCUAGGCGACUACAUGUUCACAUCGGGGAGGCGAACUGCAACAAGAAAAUGGGCAGAAGGCAAGAUACCAGUAUACAGCUACAGGUUCAACACAGUGCCCGCCGGUGUCUCCCCGCAAAUAUUGGGUUCGGCCCACUUUGAGGAGGUAGCCUAUGUCUUUCGCAAUACCGAUGGCAAUGGCUACGAAACAAACCCGUUUAAUGUGUCAAUGACAAAGAGGGGGCAAUUCGAGUGCCUGAGCGAGAUUAUGAGCCGCAUGUGGUUGAGCUUUGUGAACACAGGGUCACCAAACCAUCAUGGACUAUCUUCGGUGUCAACUUCAUGGCCAGCUUAUACCCUUGAUAAGCCUCAGAAUAUAGUGUUCGCUCCAGACAAUGUGCAUUUGGAGAAGGACAACUACCGAGUGAAAGCAAUGGACCUGAUAGAUAGCUCUGCACAAGAGUUCUCCCGUUAG